AUGAUGCCCUGGUCCAUAACCUCUCAUCCCGUCCUCUCACUCAACAACAGUUGGCAGUAUUGUCCUACGACACUAAGUUCAACACGAAAGAUGCUCGCUCCAGACUUUUUCGCAUCUUUCAAAUCGGCGCUCCAGAAGUGUGAAGCAAACGAAAAGAGUAAGAACGCCAUGCGCCAGCAAGUGUCAACUCUCUUCCUCCAGCACAAACCUCAGACGACGAUCUCCGAGGCACAAGGCCGAGAACUUAUGCGAAUCCAAAAGAUGAAAGAUAUUGUCACUCUGCCAGCCGACAAGGGACGCUCGACGGUAGUCAUGGAUAAGACUGUGUACAUGGAGAAGCUACAAGGUAUGUUGGGGGACGAAAACGCCUGGAGAGCUCAAGAAACACGUGGGCAGCGUCAACAGGGCGAUUGA